AUGACGAAACAAUGGGACAAGUACCGGGAGGUUAUCACGGCCGAAUACAAGGACCAGAACAAGCCGCUCCAUGAAGUCCAGCGUUUCAUGGCACAGAAGUACGGCUUCAGGGCGUCCACCCGCGCGUAUAGGUCACGCUUCGACAGGUGGGGAAUCCACAAGUACUCGCGCCGCAGGGGCAUGGGCGCCAUGAGCCUCAGCAGGCGGGCAUCGGUAUCGGACGGCGACAUGCGUCCCUCUCCACGACAGAGUCCAGAUUUGGAUGAGUGCGGCCCGCAAGCACCUACUCCGGUCGUCGCGACGUCGAACGGGUUGUUCCCUCCCGGAAUGUGCGUAGCGACAUCGGGGGCAGGCUUUCGGAGUUCCCUCUGCCUCGUCAAACCGGACUUCCAGUACACCCCAAUCACGCCUUCGCCCAGCCCGGCUCUCGCGCACGGCGCCGGCUUCUCCAUGGCCCAGUACGGAUGCGGGCUCGCGCAGUUCGGCUCUCAGAACAUUGGUUGCUACUCCCCCAACUCUGUUUCGAUGUACCGGCAAGACCCACGCGACGUGGUGAUUGUGUCCUCGGACGCAUCGGGGUCGGACCAGAGCAACAUCUCCAUGGGUGGCAUGCCAAACGGGUAUGGGUAUUCAUUGGGGCUCCUCACGGGCCAGGAAUAG